CCCAGCCUGUUUCCUCCGAAAUCAUCAUGAUGGUAUCUCCUAAUCUCAUUAUCUCAUUAUCACCUCUGGAUCCGGGGUAUUCGCGGGUGCAGGGCAGUUGGAGGCCCCAUCCGCUUAAAAGGUUGCUCGUCCUCCGCUGAAAUUUCCUCCACUUCCCACCAGCUCUUUGGGAGUCGUUUUCUACCCAUUUUCACGCCCUCGCCCUUUGCCACCAUGGUUUCGAUACCAGAGGCCACUUCCAUCUCCGACACACUGCCCGACAAGGAGGUUCAGCAGCCUCCCGCCGACGAACAUGACAUUUACAUCGACCCAGCUGCGGAGAAGGCUCUCCUGCGCAAGCUCGACAUGUGGAUUGUCCCGCCCGUCAUGCUGCUUUACCUCCUGAGUUUCCUGGACCGUGUCAACAUCGGCAACGCGAGAUUGUACGGGAUGGAGGAGGACCUCGGUCUAAAGGGCGACCAGUAUCAGAUCGCCGUCUCGAUUCUCUUCGUCACCUAUAUUCUGUCAGAAUUGCCCUCCAACCUCGUCAUCAAGCGCUUCACCCCAUCUCGCUGGAUCGCCUUCAUCACGACCUCAUGGGGCAUUGUCGCUACGUUAACGGGCAUCGUCCAAAACUACAAAGGGCUCGUCGCCUGCCGCGUCAUCCUCGGUGCCCUCGAAGGCGGCCUCUUCCCUGGUCUGACCAUCUACCUCACCAUGUUCUACACGAAACGCGAAUACGCCCUGCGAAUCGGCUACCUUUUCGUCUCGGCCGCCAUCGCCGGCUCGAUCGGCGGCCUGCUCGCCUACGGCAUCGGCUACAUGGAUGGAAUCGCGGGUCUCCGCGGCUGGCGCUGGAUCAUCAUCCUCGAGGGUAUUCCGACCUUCAUUCUGGGCAUCUCCAUCUGGUGGUGGCUCGCCGAUACCCCGGAUACGGCGCACUACCUGACCAUGCAGGAGCGUGAGCUCAUUGACCUCCGCAUGCGCCGACAGAUCGGGCACACCAAGUCGUCUGACCAGAUGCACAAGGCGGAUGUGUAUGCUGGGUUGAAGGACUGGAAGAUCUGGCUGUUCUGCAUCGGCCAGUUUGGUGGCGAUACGAUCCUGUAUGGGUACUCGACUUUCCUGCCCACCAUCAUCAAGGGCCUGGGUAACUGGAGCACGGCGCAGGUCCAGGCUCUUACCAUUCCUUGCUACGCGCUCGGCGCAAUCAGCUAUAUCGUUGUGGCGUGGUUCUCCGACCGGUUCCAGAGACGUGCCGUGUUUACUGUGAUUUUCGGUCUGACGUGUGCGGUGGGCUACGCGAUCCUCGUUAGUCCUGCUCCCGGCGGAGUCAAGUACUUCGGCUGCUUCCUCGCCGCCAUGGGACUCUACGUGAUCGUCGGUCUUCCUCUGGCCUGGCUACCCAGCAACAACCCGCGCUAUGGAAAACGCACAGUCGCAACGGGGUUGCAGCUUACGAUCGGAAACUCGGCUGGUAUUCCCGCUCCAUUCCUGUACAAAACAAACGAAGGCCCCCGCUUCAUCAAAGGCCACGCCGUCUCGAUGGGGCUCGUCGCCAUGUCGGCCAUCAUCUACCUCGCCUUCUGGGCGUUCUUCCAUCGCCAGAAUAAGAGGAAGCUCGAGGGUAAGGAGGAUUACAAGGUUACGGGGAUGACCGAGGAGGAGGCGGAGGAGCUUGGAGAGCAUAACCCGCGGUUCUUGUAUACGUACUGAGUAAUUUGUGUUGGGGGUUGGACGACGGGGUUUUUGGUCUGGAUGGCAUUUGUAUAUAUUUUGGGAGCUACAGCAGUUUAUUCAACGGCUACAACUGUAUUUAAUGGUCGAUUGCGCCGUGUUGUGAGUCUGAAAUACGAGCGGCUCAGUUAUAUAUAUCGACGGAGGAACUGCAACGCCGUCUUGAACGAACAGGAAGAAAUGAAUUUCAUCCAACCAUCGCCGUAAUAAUCGAGAUAGGUGAUCAUGAUAAUGAUAUUAUGCGGUAAAGACUAGAUCCGAGGAUCGAAGGGUUGGGCUCUUCUCGAGUCGUUGGC